CCCUCAGCGCUGCCGGCGGGCCCACGGCUGUUUGCCCACUGGAUUCAACCAGCGGCAUUAACUUGAUAAACGAGUUUCCCAAGUGCUGUCGCAGCGGGUAUUAGUCGGGCAAGAAACUGCAGUCGCCUGUGUCUUGCCGGCACAGAGCGGGAGGCCAAACUUGAGAGGGGCUUCUCUGAAGGCGGAUCCAUUUGCUGCUGUUUAUAAAGUCCAAAGAGCACAAAUGUCAGCCAGAUGACCAAAGAAAACUCGAUGUUCAGUCAGGCAAGCAGAAUAAGCACAAGUUGUACAAUGAAUGGUCAGCCCUUGUUAAACAAGGAAUCCAUGGAAGAAAAAGAGCUAGAAAUUCAAAUCAGUUAAAAAAAACAACAGACAUCUUGCAUACCACAAACGUUUAUGAAUGGAAACAGAUCAAUAGAGACCCACAGAUUUUGACAAUGAAGCUACUAGGCAAAGGAAAUGUUGACUUGUUGACUGAAAAAUGCUACUAAGAAUGUUACUCUGGCAUAUUUGUCCAGUCCACAUUGCUAUGGAGGCAAUUCUGUUAGACUGAUGGAAAACAAUGCAGUGAUCAAUCAGCCUGUGAAGAAAGAGAUUGUGCUAGAAAAAAACAAGAUACGACUAAAAGUUUUGCUGCAGAGACAGAAUGAAAAUAAUAUAAUUUGAAUUCCAGCAAAAUCCUGCCAUUUUGACAAGCUGGAUAUUUCGUGAAUUUAUUGACCUACUUACCUAGAACCACUUGAAUUGCAGUUGCAUUAAAGAGAUCUAAUCGACACUGAAAAAAACUCCGUCGUUGCUGUCAGAACCCUUGUGUCCACUGUUGGCUCUCAAAGGUUAUUAAAAUUUUAAAAGCUGAAACAGAACUACCUAAGCUUCACUUACUGCUGCUUCUUCCUCCGCCGUACCGCACUGCACUGCUGCUUUGCUUUCGCUGCUUCACGACACAAUAAGAGAUUUUCUUUAUUAAAUACCUGCAAUGAUGAAACUUAGGCUAGAAGGACUUGCCAUUCUCUUGCUGCCUGUGUACUUGUUAAUAUAUGUGUACAGUAUGCUUGUAUUUAUUCCAUGGUAUUUUCUUACCAAUGCUAAGAAGAAAAAGGCUAUGGCAAAACGUUUAAAAGCUAAGCCCAUCUCGGACAAACCCGGAAGCCCCUACCGUUCCGUCACUCACCUGGACUCACUCGCACACAUAAACAUCCCCGGAGCAGACACCUUGGACAAGCUGUUCGACCACGCUUUGGCAAAGUUUGGGAAGAAGGACUGUCUUGGGACCAGAGAAAUACUGAGUGAAGAAAAUGAAAUGCAACCAAAUGGAAAAGUGUUCAAAAAGUUAAUUUUAGGAGCUUACAGGUGGUUGUCCUAUGAAGAAGUAAAUGAGAAAGUGAAUCGCUUGGGGAGUGGACUGACUGCCCUGGGACUAACCCCCAAGAGCACCGUUGCCAUAUUCUGUGAGACCCGAGCAGAAUGGAUUAUUGCAGCUCUCACCUGCUUCAAGUACAACUUUCCUCUCGUGACGCUGUAUGCCACCCUGGGUGAAGAGGCAGUAACCUAUGGUCUCAAUGAGUGUGGAGCAGCGUAUCUGGUCACUAGUGCAGAACUUCUCGAGAGCAAGCUUAAGACUGCAUUGCCACAAGUCUCCUGUAUUAAACAUAUCAUUUACGUGGACAAGAAGGCUAUCAAUAAAUCAGAAUACCCUGAAAAUGUGGAGAUUCACAGCAUGCAGACAGUAGAAGAGCUGGGAGCCAAACCAGAAAACUCAAGCAUUCUGCCCUGCAGACCUGUUCCUACAGACUUGGCUUUAGUAAUGUACACCAGUGGCUCUACUGGGAGACCUAAAGGAGUGAUGAUGAUGCAUAAAAACUUAAUAGCUGGAAUGACAGGACAAUGCGAGAGAAUACCUGGACUGGGGCCCAAGGACACUUACAUCGGGUACCUGCCUCUGGCCCACGUUCUGGAGCUGACGGCAGAGAUCUCCUGCAUCACCUACGGCUGCAGGAUCGGCUACUCCUCGCCACUCACGCUCUCCGACCAGUCAAGUAAAAUUAAGAAGGGAAGCAAAGGAGACUGCACUGUACUUAAGCCUACACUGAUGGCAGCUGUGCCUGAAAUAAUGGACAGAAUUUAUAAAAAUGUUAUGAGUAAAGUGCAAGAGAUGAACUAUAUUCAGAGAACUCUGUUCAAGAUAGGCUACGACUACAAACUGGAACAAAUCAAGCGGGGGUAUGAUGCACCUCUGUGUAAUGUACUAUUGUUUAAAAAAGUAAAGGCCCUCCUGGGAGGGAAUGUCCGUAUGAUGCUUUCUGGAGGAGCACCACUCUCCCCUCAAACACAGAGAUUCAUGAACAUCUGUUUUUGCUGUCCUGUUGGUCAAGGCUACGGACUAACAGAAACAUGUGGAGCUGGAACAAUUACAGAAGCUGCUGAUUACAGCACCGGCAGAGUUGGAGCUCCUCUUAUUUGUUGUGAAAUAAAAUUGAGAGACUGGCAAGAAGGGGGCUACACGAAUAAAGACAAGCCUAAUCCGAGAGGAGAAAUUAUAAUUGGUGGACCUAAUGUCUCAAUGGGAUAUUUUAAAAAUGAAGAGAAGACAACAGAAGAGUUCUGCAUUGAUGAGAAUGGUCAGAGAUGGUUCUGUACAGGAGACAUAGGGGAAUUUCAUCCGGAUGGGUGUCUGCAGAUCAUAGAUCGUAAGAAAGACUUGGUGAAGCUACAAGCAGGAGAGUACGUAUCGCUGGGCAAGGUAGAGGCAGCGCUGAAGAACUGCCCAUUGAUUGACAAUAUCUGUGCUUAUGCCAAAAGUGACCAGUCCUACGUGAUCAGUUUUGUGGUCCCCAAUCAGAAGAAGCUGACGGCAUUAGCUGAGCAGAAGGGCAUCAGUGGGACCUGGGUGGAUAUUUGUAACAAUCCUACGAUGGAAGCUGAAAUACUGCGAGAGAUUAAAGAAGUGGCAAACAAGAUGAAAUUAGAAAGGUUUGAAAUUCCCAUCAAAGUACGGUUAAGCCCUGAACCAUGGACCCCGGAGACUGGGUUAGUGACAGAUGCUUUCAAGCUGAAAAGGAAAGAACUGAAAAACCAUUACCUCAACGACAUCGAAAGAAUGUACGGAGGCAAAUAAACAAGCUGUGUUGACCAGACAGUUGUGCAGAUGGUUCCUUCUCAUGCCUUGGUUUUGGAUGUCUGUGUAUGCUGUAGAUAUCACACAUUCAGAAAAUAUACCAAAUGGGUGAAUGUUUCUGUAAUCUCUAUUGAGUACAACAGAGAAUAUCUUAGACUCCAAAUUCUUAAUUAUUAGCAGAUUAGACACUGAUGGUCUUCAUAGAGUUUCAUGUGAUCAUCUCCAGUUUUGAGACAGACAUCAUAAUGUGAAGCAGUAUGACCAGGUAAUUUUGUUAUUACUGUGUCUCUAGCACAUUUCAGACUCUUGCAACUUCAAUUCAUUCUGAAGCCUGGCCUAUAUUUUAAA